AUGAUAAACGUAAUGAAUCCGACGAAAAGCGGAUCAGAAAAAGGAUUAGAUCCUCAACUAUGGCAUGCAUGUGCCGGUGGUAUGGUUCGUAUGCCUCCAAUGAACUCAAAAGUCUUCUACUUCCCUCAAGGCCACGCAGAGAACGCUUACGACUGCGUCGAUUUCGGCAACUUACCGAUUCCUCCGAUGGUGUUAUGUCGUGUCUUAGCCAUCAAGUACAUGGCCGACGCAGAAUCCGACGAGGUUUUCGCCAAGCUGAGACUGAUUCCUCUUAAAGACGACGAGUUCGUCGAUCACCACCAGGAUUACGGAGACGGCGGAGGCGAAGAUAGUAACGGUUUCGAGAGCAACAGCGAGAAAACGCCUUCUUUCGCCAAGACUCUGACUCAGUCCGACGCUAACAACGGCGGAGGUUUCUCUGUUCCUCGUUACUGCGCGGAGACGAUCUUCCCUAGAUUAGACUACAACGCCGAGCCGCCGGUCCAGACGAUUCUUGCGAAGGACGUUCAUGGAGAUGUGUGGAAGUUUCGACAUAUCUACAGAGGGACGCCACGUCGUCACCUUCUCACGACCGGUUGGAGUAACUUCGUGAACCAGAAGAAGCUUGUGGCGGGAGAUUCGAUCGUGUUCAUGAGAGCUGAGAGUGGAGAUCUCUGCGUUGGUAUUAGGAGAGCUAAGAGAGGAGGGAUCGGUAACGGACCCGAGUACUCCGCCGGUUGGAAUCCGAUCGGAGGAAGUUGUGGAUACUCUUCUCUUAUAAGGGAAGAUGAGAGCAAUACGUUGAGGAGGAGUAACUGCGCGCUGGCGGAUCGUAAGGGGAAAGUGACGGCUGAGUCUGUUAUCGAAGCCGCCACGCUCGCUAUUACCGGAAGACCGUUCGAGGUCGUGUACUACCCGAGGGCAAGCACGUCGGAGUUUUGUGUCAAGGCGAUGGAUGCUCGAGCCGCGAUGAGGAUACCGUGGUGCUCCGGGAUGAGGUUUAAAAUGGCGUUUGAGACGGAAGAUUCUUCUCGGAUAAGCUGGUUUAUGGGGACUGUUUCAGCUGUUAACGUCUCUGAUCCUAUCCGUUGGCCUAACUCUCCUUGGCGUCUUCUACAGGUUGCGUGGGAUGAGCCGGAUUUGCUUCAAAACGUGAAGCGGGUUAACCCGUGGUUAGUCGAGUUGGUGUCGAACGUGCAUCCGAUCCCGUUAACGUCGUUUUCGCCGCCGAGGAAAAAGAUGAGGCUUCCUCAUCAGCAUCCGGAUUACAACAAUCUGAUCAACUCGAUACCAGUACCUUCAUUCCCAAGCAAUCCGCUUAUUAGAUCAAGCCCGUUAAGCUCCGUUCUGGACAAUGUUCCCGUGGGUUUACAGGGAGCCAGGCAUAAUGCUCAUCAGUACUACGGGUUAUCAUCUUCCGAUCUCCACCAUUACUACUUGAAUAGACCUCCUCCUCCACCUCCUCUUCUUCCUCAAUCGUCGUCUCUCCCUCUUUCUUCGUCUCUAGGGUUGCGAAAUAUGGAUAGCAGAAACGAGAAAGGGUUCUGCUUUUUGACUAUGGGAACAGCUCCGUGCAAUGACACCGAGUCUAAGAAGUCUCACAUCGUGUUGUUUGGGAAGCUGAUACUACCGGAGGAGCAGGUGUCGGAUAAAGGGUCUACGGAUACCGGAGUUAUAGAGAAAACGCAGAUUUCGUCAGGCGGUUCGAACCAGAACUGCGUUGCGGGGAGGGAGCUGUCUUCGUCGGAGGAAGGAUCGCCUUGUUCCAACAAAGUUCAUGAUGGAGCGGGUUUGGAGACAGGGCACUGUAAAGUGUUUAUGGAGUCGGACGACGUGGGUCGAACCUUAGACCUAUCGGUUCUUGGGUCGUACGAAGAGUUGAGUAGGAAACUAUCUGACAUGUUUGGUAUUCAAAAGUCUGAGAUGUUGAGUUCUGUUCUCUAUAGGGAUGCAUCAGGAGCUAUCAAAUACGCAGGAAACGAACCUUUCAGUGAGUUCUUGAAGACAGCUCGGAGAUUGACGAUUCUGACUGAGCAAGGAAGCGAGAGCGUUGUAAUAUAA